ACCUGCUUCACCUCCAUCGUCUUCAUCAAGCCUUCAACGCCGACGCCCAUCGCCAGCCUCUCUGGCACGCGCACGCAAGUGAAUAAGCGCGCAUACAGCGUCCUUAACUUCUAGGCCACAGUUUCGCUUGGUCUACCAGACUCGACAGUCGAGCGCGUCCUCCUCCCCGUCUUCUCUGGUCGCGACAGCCCCCCGAGCCCGACAACAUGUCUGAGCGAAAAGUACUGCAAAAGUACUACCCUCCCGACUUCGACCCAGCGGCUCUGGGUCGUCGUCGCGGGCCCAAGCAGUCAGGUCCAAAGGUACAGACUGUGCGCCUGAUGGCGCCGUUCGCAAUGCGAUGCACUUCAUGUGGAGAAUACAUAUACAAAGGGAGAAAGUUCAACUCGAGGAAGGAAACGCCACCCGACGAGAAGUAUCUCGGAAUCCAGAUCUUCCGAUUCUACAUUCGUUGCACCCGCUGCUCCGCAGAGAUCAUCUUCCGCACCGACCCCAAGAUACACGACUACACCAUGGUGAAGGGCGCCGUGCGGAACCACGAACCGUGGCGCAACCGCGAGGCGGAGGAAGAGUCCACAGACGAGCGCCUAGACCGCCUGGCACGUGAGGAGGCCGAGGAGGCGGGCGAGGAAGAGAAGAAUGCCAUGGCGGAGCUAGAGGCCAAGAAUGAAGAUGCGAAGCGUGAGAUGGCGGCGGCCGAUGCGUUGGACGAGAUCCGCCAGCGCAAUGCACGCAUACACCGAUCAGAGAAGGAGGGGAUGGACUUUGCCGAUACGAUUGUCAGAGCGGAGGACGAGGAGAGGGAGCGUCUAGAGGCAGAGGAUGAAGCUGCGGCCAAGGCAGCAUUCGCGGCGCGCAGGGCACAGGUGGAGAUUGAUGAGGUGCCUGGGCAUCUUGAGGCGACAAAUGGUGCCUCAUCUAGCAGCGCGCCCAUACCUGGCUCAGAUGAGGCGCUGAUGCCUCCGCCCCCUGCGCCGGCGGCUGUUGUGAAGACGCCAGUUGAAGGUGCAGCAGCAACGGCACCGACCUUCAAGAGAGUUGUCAAGAAGAAGAAGGAUCAUUCAGCGAUGCUGGGCAUUAAGAAGAAGCCGUCGUUGGUGUAGUGUGGUCUAUAGUUUACAAGCAUGUCUUUCGCCGGGAGAUUAAGCAGAAUAUCCCAUUCAUCAUAAGUACUCCGUAUUGGAUUGCUGAUUGCCUACCAUCGGUCACUACCACCGAGUUUAGUCACGAAAGGUCUAAGUGCUGGUUCUGGUUAAAAAGUAGUUAGUUGAACAAGAAGUCUGUGGCCAAGUGCAUUAACUAAAUCGUUGUCGCAAGUAUCACGAAGGUAUUUGCCUUUCAAUCACAGAAAUGUUGUCACAUGUUUCACUGUUUAAAAAAUGUUUCUCCAGAAGAUGACGUGGU